AUCUGUUGUAAUGCCCUGGAAGAGACAAAUGGUUGCCGUACUUCAGAUUGUGUCACACAAUUUGUAAAUUCACUUUUCACUUUCAUAAUGACUAGUCUUUCUUAGAAAUAUUGGAAACGGUUUCUUGAACCCUCAAAAUGUAUUGAUACAUUAAUUUUAAGAUCACAUCCAUACAGUAGUUAAUUCUUAUUGGAUGUAGAACGUCUUUUAAAAGCUUCAUGCUUGAGCUAUUGUGGAAGUGUUCCGUUUGAAGAGUAUCUGCGUGUCUGAGCAAGGAACGAGAAACAAGGAAGCAGAUGAAAUGUGAAAGAUGUGGGUGUCAGUUUGGUCUACUUGAAAUAUCACAUUUUUGUAAAACAGAUGCACAGUUGACUGUGAAGGGAAAUGACGAUGGCUAGAUACAGGACAGCGAUGAGAUUCCUCAUCAGUGUUGGGGUCUUUUUCCAAGGGUGUGAUUCAGAUGUGAAAUGCAGGGAUGACAAAGGAAGAGAAGUGGACUGGUAUAUUCUAUACAAGUUGCCCCAAGUUAUGGGUGACGGUUUGUCAUAUCUGUACAUGGAUGAAAGCACCAACGGAUGGAAAGUCAGCAAAAAGACAAUAAACAGUAAAUCUGGCACUCUGGCAAACACCCUGAAGCCCCUUCUUGACUUCUACGACAGACAGAUUGAAGGCUUUGGAUACAUGCUCAAUAAUGAUCAGCCUCCAAACUCAAAGGCUGUUUCUGCAUCAUUUGGUCACAGUAAAGGAGUUGUGAUGUUGGACAAAGAAACUGGAGUUUGGCUUUCACACAGUACACCAAAAUUUCCAACAUAUCGCAGGAAAGACUUCUGGACAGACAGUGGAACCGUUAACGCUCAAACAUUUAUGUGCAUGACUUACUCCUAUAACCACUUCAAAGAAAUAGGAAGGCAGCUGAAGUACAUCCAUGCUUAUUCAUAUGACUCUGACAUCCCGAAAACCUUUCACAAAGAGCUGCGAUGUGUUGCACAACGAGACUGCUACCCAAAGCAGGAACCCUGGUUUCGUGUAAAGAUGCUGACUUCAACGAAAGGACAUAAUUUCACUAGCUUUGCAAAAUACACCCGUUUUCGGGAUGAUCUUUACUCUGGCCUUAUUUUGAACCAUUUGAAGCAGGAUCUCUACGUUAAGAGCUGGGGAAGGAUGCAUAACCCUCUGCAUUCUUACUGCAACACCAAAAUCCCUCAUCAUGUAUACAAUGUGAAGGAAAUAAAGCUCCUAAAUGGGAAGCCCUUUAGUGAUACUGUUGAUCACUCCAAGUGGGGUGUAACUUCUGGUGGUGGCUGGACCUGCAUAGCUGAUAUGAACAGGGAAGAGAGUCAGAUGAAAAGAGCUGGAGGAGCAAUAUGCACAGAUAAUGUUGCUGUUGGGGAGGCUUUUUAUGCACUGAUCACAAAGUAUGAAGCAUGUAAACAUGACCUUCCACGUUCUGAGGCUCAAGACAGAGAGCUUUAAAGGCACAGCCUUUUAUGGAAAUGUAAGAAAAAGUAUAGCUGAUCCUCAAAAAAAGUAGAAGAAAAGACUGGAGCCUGAUAUCACUUAUAAUAACACUAACUACGCCAUGACAUAUCCACUUAAAAUUAUUGGUUCCAGGCUUGACGUUUUGCACGUUUUUGUAUUAUGUAUUUUUAUCAGUGAAAAACUGCAGUGUUUAAUUUUGAAAAUCUUGCAUUAAGCAUUUGUUUUUACAAUCAGGGUACUAGAAUUCCAGAUGAAUUGAACUGAAUGAUUAGAUCAAGGAUAAAUUACAAUUUAUGUUGCUGCAAGUGUUUGGACAGGUGAUCAAAAACAUUACUCCAAGUAAAUGCUAAUGUUGAUAUUAGAAGCAGGUUGUGUCAAUAAACAACUAAUG